CUCAGGCAUUCUAGCCUGAUAAGAAAUGAACAGCAAUGUCGAGCUGAGAACGAAAUUCGACCUCGUGAAUUGGUUCGUUGUCUGGAGUGUGGCCAUCGAGUUUUAUAUAAAAAACGAUCCAAUCUCCUGGUCCUCCAG